UUUCCCAGUAGGGUAAUAACAUUAGUUAAUGCAGACAGAGCCAUGGCUGUCUAGUCUCUAUUCUCUAUGAUUUUUCUUGUUCUAUAACUUUAGGAUCAACGACCUAAAGGACCAGCAUUCAGAAUUCAAGAAGAAACUUGCAUUUACCUUUUGGAUAGAGUUGCUCGUUGACCUAAUUUUUCAUUAGAACUUCCUGCAGUGACUGCUAAAUUUUUUCAUUGAGCACUAAUAACUUACUGGGAGUACACCCCUCCAUGUGCAUAGUUGCUUUUCUGCUUUUCCAAGUUCAGUGAUUCACAAUUAGCAGUAUUAAGUUUCACCUCCCUCUUCACAGUGCUGUCAUUCAGCGUGCCACAGUCCUCCUACGGUCCCUCUAGAAGGAGAGCAUCUCGGAUGAGGGAGUGGCAAAGGGCCAGCUAUUAUAAGGCAUGUGAGCAAAGACUCACAAGCAGCACCAGAAUGCUGGGAAUACAUCUCCCAUUCAAUUCCAUUGAGACUUAGCCAGCAGAGAACAUCACAUUCUUCAGCUGGGUUCAAACAAGCAUCUCUGGACCAAAAGAAAAAAAUACAAAGCACUGCCAAUAACCACUGAAUCUUAAAUUUUUAUUUAUAUUAUUUACUUUUCUCUUUUUUUAAGGAUUCAGUAGAAAGGUUGAAAUCUUGAAAUAGAACAUUUAACCUGGAAGAUAGAACUGGUUAAGGACCUUCCUGCAAAGUAGGGCUUGACUGACAGGUCCCACUGUGGUGACCAUGUGUCCCUCAGCCAAGAGGAGCCCAUAGGAAUAAGCUCCUAUCAGCACUGCCUGUCUGGGCCUGAGGAGUCCCCGUGGCAGGAUGGCAGCUGAGAAUAAGAUGAAGCUACAGGAAUUUUCCUGGCAGGCUGCUGACAGCCUGUCUAUCUUUGUGGGUACAGCUCAGCCCUGGCCUGUCUUCCUUUCUCUGGUUUUGUGUUGGAGGCAGCAUCUGUGUCUCUCACAAACACGCUCAGGAGCAGAAGUCUGCUCUGUCACAGUUCAUUUUCCUGACCAAAACCAAAAUACUGAGGCUGAUUCUUGUUUGUCUGGGCUUUGUCAUUUCUGCUAGCAGUCUUGAUUUCCCAAAUUGUGAAAGGCGAGGGGGAACCCCCUUGUUAAACAUUAGAAAUGCCUUGCCCUGGAAGUCUUCCAUUUUUAUUGUUUUGCCACAUUUUGUGCAAAUCACCCAUUUCAGUUAACCACUUCUAACUUUUUGUCAGUCAAGUUGCUUUUUAAAAAAUAGACUUUUAAUACCCUGAAAAGUAAAGGGCAGGUUAAAAUCAUUUUGUCAUGAUCAGUCACUGUUUGGUGAGUACAGUGUUCUGUAUUUGAUGAAGCAAACUGUCUCAAACUGGGACAGAAGCUGAUCUGGAUUGGUAAAAAUCCUAUAAAUGAGAUUAGCUACGUGAACGUGCUGACCUGGUAAGACACGGAAGUGGCUACAAGACAAUAACAGAUCAGACAUUUCACAGCAACACUGCAGGGUUUGGACUUAGGAAUUACUUCCAGCAAAGGUCACACUGUGUCAACAGGCAAGAUGUCAUUCAGUUGUCUUACAGAACAUAGUAAAGUAUAUGCUUGUGAUUAUAAUUCUAUUAAUAUUUUAUUUCAAGCACUAUUCUAUUUUUACAGUUUUGAGAAACUUCCUGUGGUGUGACCCUUUAUUUUAUGAGCAGAUGAUAUCUAAAUUUUGAAAUUACAUUCAAAUGAGUCAUUUUAUCAGGGUGAAAGAACACACUUGGCACACACAGGAUGCAUGCAGGAAAAAAAAUGCAGUUCCUAAAAUGUCAUGUGAGAGUUUUUUCAGUCACUCCAGAGACGAUUGAUGGUACUUGCUCCAACACACUGAAAUAACUGCUUCGCUUAGCUGCAGAAUGCCUCAAGUUCUGGGCAAUAGCAGUUCAGAGGAACAGGCUGCUGUGAAUUAUGCAUCAGAAUCAAUUGUUUGCAUUGCUAUCUUCACCAUCAUUUUCAUCAUAGGCAUUCCAGGCAAUGGGUUGGUGAUCUGGGUAGCUGCUCUGAAAAUGAAAAGUGUCUUCCUACUCGUGGCCAUCAGCAUUGAUCGGUGCCUCCUGGUGAUGAAACCUGUCUGGUGUCAGAACCACCGAGCAGUGAAAUUUAUAUCGCUAAUAUGCAGAGGCAUUUGGAUGCUGGCCUUCAUUUUCUGCUGCCCUGUCUUCUACUACCGUGAGACAAGCACUUACGAUGGCAAAACAGAGUGUGGGUACAAUUAUGGAGUUGAUGAUUACAUAGAUUAUCCUAUAAAUGUAUCUGCAAAUGUGUCUGUAAAUGAUUUAUGGGAAGAAUACUCAACCUACAAUGACAGUGACUUGUGGGGAGAUACCAAUGAAGGUAAUGAUUCUGUACCCCUUGCCUCAGUGGUAAUAAACGUCACUAGGGCUGUCUUUGGCUUUGUGCUCCCCUUUGGCAUAAUGGCAGUUUGCUACACCCUCAUUGUUUUCAGAACACACGCAAAUCAGUUUCACAAGUCACACAACAGGACACUGCGAACAAUUGUGUGUGUGGUGGCUGCAUUCUUCAUCUGCUGGGCUCCAUACCAUGUAGUUGGGAUGCUCUCCAUUGUACCUAGUCUUAGAACAGGACUGAUGGAGUCACUGACCCUGUGGGAUCACCUCUCUACAGCACUUGCGUAUGCCAACAGCUGCAUCAACCCCCUGCUCUAUGUUUUUGUGGGACGGGACUUCAGGGCAAAGGUACGGCAAUCGGUGCAAAGAAUUUUAGAAGGUGCCUUUAGUGAGGAGCUCACAUCUUCAACCCUUCACAGAAGCCAGACUUCAGCAGACAAGAACCUGAGCAGCACGUUGUAAUGCAGGACUUCCUAUCACUGCUGUAGAAAGAACAAGCUAUAGCGCUGGAUAUCAAUCACUCUCCGCUUAGCAGGUGGUUUUGCUCCAAUGUUUGAUUGAUCUGCAGCUCCAACGCAGGACGCUGCAAUCUUUCAGCUCAUGAUAACCCCCUUUAUAUCCUACACUAGAGAGAUGGGAAGUUGGAAGCACCAAGAGUAAUAAUCUGAGGAAUGACUGGUGAAACAGAAGACACAGUAUUUUAACCUACACAGACUAUUUUAAGAAAGCAGGGCUGGCUACGGAUUUGUGGUGGGAAUCGUGAAUUUGAACCUCUCAGUUGAGAUAAGAAUAUUAUUUUUUUUGCAUAUGUCUGUGUACUACAUCUCUUAUCUCUGAUAAAGUGCAGAUAAAACUAACUUGGAUAACUCGGAUGGUCAUCGCAUCAUUCCUCUGACUCUAGUAGGGCUCUCAGGUGUGUGUAGGAAUAUGUGGAGAUUCCCUAGAGGGUACUGCUACAUUUCCUUACAGCUAUGCACUAAAACAGCACUUGCCCCACUCAGCUUUUGUGCCCUGUAGACACCCAAUCCAUUCCUUUGUUCUGGCAAAUCCAUCACUGUGUGGUAGUAAGUGGUCAAUGCACAUGCUGUACAUUGGCAUGUGCACACUCACUGUCGUCCCAACGCUCUCUCCCCACCACCAGAAUCCCACAUCUUCCUUUUAGAAAGCAGUUUGAAAUUAUCCAAAUGUACCUACUGUAUUUUGAGAUGGCACAUGAGCAGAAUUUGAGCAGCUGCAGUCACUGAUGACCCAAUUAGGUGACUGCUGGUCUAUUAGCCAUUUGGCAAAACCCUGGAACCGAGAAGUGACAACCUCCGAUCUGACCCCAAGAAGAUAGAGAAUGACCAUGCUGUGGCUCAGUCACAUCAAGUUCUCUUUACAAGAGAGAUGUGCUUCUUAUGUCCUUCCAGUGGAGAAAAAGUUUCAUCCAGUCAGGCUAUUUGGGGUGCUCCCAAGGUUGAAUGUUCCCUGCUCCUGAAAACCAGAAAUACAUUUACUAGGUACUCUACAGAAGCAGUUUAAAAUCU